GGGCCGGAGAGCCGGCGAGCCUCGUCCCUGGGCAAGAGAAGCCUCUGAACAGAAAAGGCAGAAUUGGCUGUAGACUGACAUGCAGUGGAGUGAGGUCAAGAGACAAUUUCCAUUGAAAGAUAGUGAGUAUUUGCAAGACAACAAACAUUAGGAGAGCGGCCAGAAGUCCCAGCAGGAAGCUUUAGUUACCUAAAUGACUGGUCAUGGUCUCCAAUUGCCAAAGAAUGUUGUGGAUGCCGAGAGAAAGGUAACCUGUUCUCACCCUCUCCAGUGCCUUUGGAUGCCUCUAGCAACCGUCCUUGGCUGCCAGUAGUCAUGGCUGAGCUCACAAGCUACAAGGAUGCUGCCUCUAGCCGCCACCUGCGGUUCAAGUUGCAGAGCCUGAGCCGCCGCCUUGAUGAGUUGGAGGAAGCCACAAAAAACCUACAGAAAGCUGAGGAUGAACUCCUGGAUCUCCAAGACAAGGUGAUCCAGGCAGAGGGGAGUAACUCCAGCAUGCUGGCUGAGAUUGAAGUGCUGCGCCAGCGGGUGCUGAAGAUUGAAGGUAAAGAUGAGGAGAUCAAGAGAGCUGAAGACCUGUGCCAUCAGAUGAAGGAGAAGCUGGUAGAGGAGGAAAACCUUACCCGGGAGCUGAAAGCUGAGAUUGAGCGGCUUCAGAAACGAAUGGCUGAGGUGGAGAAGCUUGAGGAAGCCUUGAGCAGGAGCAAGAAUGAUUGUACCCAGCUUUGUUUGAGCCUCAAUGAAGAGAGAAACCUGACCAAGAAGAUCUCCUCUGAGCUGGAAAUGCUCAGAGUCAAAGUAAAAGAACUGGAAUCUUCUGAGGACCGCCUGGAUAAGACUGAGCAGAGUUUAGUGUCAGAGUUGGAAAAGCUGAAAUCAUUAACUCUGAGUUUUGUAAAUGAAAGGAAAUACUUGAAUGAAAAGGAGAAAGAAAAUGAGAAACUGAUAAAAGAGCUCACUCAAAAGCUGGAGCAGAACAAGAAAAUGAACCGAGAUUACACAAGGAAUGCUUCCAAUCUUCUGGAGCGGAAUGACCUGCGGAUUGAAGACGGUGUCUCUACCGCACUGCCAUCCAAAGAGUCAAGAAGAAAGGGUACUCUGGACUACCUCAAGCAGGUAGAGAACGAGUCAAGGAACAAGUCAGAGAAUGAAAAGAACCGGAACCAGGAGGACAACAAGGUCAAGGACCUUAACCAGGAGAUUGAGAGGCUUAAGUCUCAGAUCAAGCAUUUUGAGUCAUUAGAAGAAGACCUUAAGAAAAUGAGAGCCAAAAAUAAUGACCUUCAGGAUAAUUACCUGAGUGAGCAAAAUAAGAACAGAAUCUUAGCUAGCCAGUUGGAAGAAGUAAAGCUACAAAUCAAAAAACAGAAAGAGUUAGAGAAUGGGGAAGUGGAAGGGGAAGACACUUUCCUGCCCAGCAAAGGUAGGCACGAGAGGACUAAGCUGAGAGGCCCCGGGGCUGAGGCCCCUGUGUCCAAGCACCUGGCCCGGGAGCAGUCUCCUCAGCACAAGCGGGAAAGGCUCCGCAGGGAGUUUGCUGUCAACCAUGAAAACUAUCCUGCGGGCAGCAAGCAGGCUUCCUCUCCCUGUUUCACCAACAGGAGGGCAGCCAAAGCUUCCAACAUGGCAGCAGGUACAGACAAUGGGCCUCAGGAAACCAAGAGAACAGAAGACCGAUUUGCACCUGGAUCCUCUCAGAGCGAAGGGAAGAGGGCCAGGGAACAGCCAUCAGUGCUCAGCCGGUACCCUCCAGCUGCGCAGGAGCACACUAAAGUUUGGAAGGGAACUCCUAAGCCAGGCGCCGACAGUGUUGUAAAGGGGAGAAUGGAGAAGACAACUCGAACAUAUAGUGACUCAACCCAUGUAUCUAUUCCCAAUGACACGUUGGGCAAAGGUGACAAGACUUCUGAUACCUCCUCUGAGGUCCACUUUGGCAAGAAGGGACAGAUGCCUGGCAACGGAAGUCAGAUAACUCAGGCUGCAGAUUCUGGUUGUCCUAAGGCUGUUGGAUCGCUGUCCUCAUCUCAGAGAGCCUCCUCAGAAGGGCUUUCUAAGGGUAAAAAGACUGCCAAUGGCUUGGAGGCUGAUGCCAGUUUUCCAAAUUCUAAGGCCCCUAUUUUAUCCAAAUAUCCUUAUAGUUCCAGAAGCCAAGAGAACAUCCUUCAGGGCUUUUCAACCACCAGUAAAGAAGUUGUUGAUCAGCCUGUAGCGGUUGUGAUGGAAGACAGCAGUCAGCAUGAAGCCCUGAGGUGUCGAGUCAUCAAACCCAGUGGCAGAGAAAAGCCAGACUCGGAUGAUGACUUGGACAUUGCGUCUCUUGUUACGGCCAAGUUGGUGAACACAACCAUCACCCCAGAGCCUGAGCCCAAACUACCACCAAACUCUAGAGAAAAGGCCAAAUCUCGAGGAGGACCUAAAACCUCCCUGUUUGAAAAUGAUAAAAAUGCUGGGAUAGAAAACGAACCUGUGAGACCUAGUAGAGCCUCCCCCAAUGCUGUGGAGUUGUCAGAUACCAAUGGUGCGGGGGCAAAAAACCAAAGGCCCUUUAGCCCCAGAGAGGCCUUACGGUCUAGAGCUGUCAUCAAGCCUGUUAUCAUUGAUAAAGAUGUGAAAAAAAUCAUGGGAGGAUCUGGAACUGAGGUUGUACUGGAGAAACAGAAAGCUACCUCUAAACCAGCACCAAACAAAGUAACCAGCAGCAUCACUAUUUAUCCCUCUGACAGCAGUGGCCCUAGAGCCAUCUCUGGUGAGGUCCUGAAGGAGAGGCACACGUCCACCAGCAACAUCCAGGUGGGGCCACCAGAGCUCACACCAGUUAGCAACCAUGUCAACUCCCCCUUUGAGCUCUCUAUUCAUAAACAUGACAUUACCUUGCAGCUCACAGAAGCUGAAAGAACGGGAGACGGGUCCCCAAAGAACAGGCCAGAGACAGUGGUCUCUCGGAGCAGCAUUCUAAUCAAGCCUUCAGAUUCUGUGGAGAGAACUAGCCAUGCUCCUUCAGCGGAGACAAUCAGGUGGAAAAGCCAUAGUGCCCCUUCAGAGGUGGGCUCUUCAGAUGCCAGACACGUCACCGUGCGGAAUGCCUGGAAGAGCAAGCGAGACUUGAAGUCUUCAGAAGACCCCCUGACUCGAACGGGAAGAAACGCAGAAGCAACUAAUGCCUACACUCAGAGAUCUUCCACAGACUUCUCAGAACUUGAGCAGCCCAGGUUCGGCCUCUCUGAGCACGGCAUUCGGAAGGCAGGCAGUUCAGGGGAUGCUCCUGAGCUCUUCUCCAGAAGGACCCAAAGUAGCCUCACUGUGUCAGAGGUGCUUACCCGAAGGAGUCGGGCAGGAGAUGCCAUUGUGGCUGCAUCCUGGAACCACUCAGCAGGCAUGGAAGAAGGGGAGGACUGCACACUUGGCGUCUGCAAGCAACUGCACAACUCGCAGGAGCAGCCUGAACUGCCCGGGAAGCAGAGGCUGCCAGACCCUGGGCGAGUCCCAGCAGAGGACCAACUGCGGCCAGCCAGGCCUUGUGCUGAGGAAAACUGAGCCAGCUGGGUGAAGUCUGCUGUGUCUCCUCCACUCCUGCUUCUCAGCUCCUCCAUCUUACGCCCUGUGAAGGAUCCAAGACCAGCCAACCAGUCUGGACACAAGGCCUUGGCUGGGAGGCUGCAAAGAGCCAGGCUUUGGCUUGGGUAAUUUCUGCCAGUAGUCAAACAGGAUCAGAGACUAUAAACUGGACAAUCACCCAGACCUAGUUUUCCCUGAUGCAUGAGUCCUUUCUCCUUGUCCCCAAGGUAGCAUGGACCACUCUGACCCCCCAACAGGAAGAUACAGAAAUCCCCCACCACAUAGCAGUAUCCAAAAGCUCGCCUCUGCUCCCUGGCAGGUUAUUUCUGUAUCAAAGAGCAGCCCCUUUGCUAUAAUUAAUGACCUGAUUUGUCUCAUCACAUUCCAUAGGCUCCUUGUUUGUCCAGAGGGCCCCAAGGACCCACUGAGAUUUACCAGUUCCAUCUAGGGGCUUCCAUCCCUUCUCUUAAGAGUAUUUUUCUUCAGAUUUUGGAAGCCAAAAUUGGGUCUGUGCUGCACCCCAGAGACGGUAGGACUGCUCUUAGGUUACAGCUUCUCUGACCUGGCUCCCUGGCUAACAAGUUUCCUGGGGCCCACAGCACUAUACCCAGUGGAAUGUCACCAUCCCUCCCCCACUCUAGCUCCUUGUUCCCAUCUUCUAAGCCUCAUGCAUCUCCUUCUCUGGGCACCAAUAAUGCUGCUGGCGUCAUCACCUCUGCUCACUCCUGUGGUUGGAGACUUCAGCUGACUUCAUUGUUCCCAUUUUGGGAACAUCCCCAGACUGAACUGGGCCCUGACCCAGCAUACUCUGCCUUCUAGGAAGUGCUCAGCAAGGGGGAAAGCAGACAGGAAGAAGUGAGUUCCCUUUAGUCACUCCACAAGCAAUAGCUCCAUGAAAGGCAUGGACUGAGAAUGCUCCCUCCCAUUCCUCCUUCACCCCCGCCCCCAUGGAGGAGGCCUUGCACUUUACCAUGCUGAUGCACGUUCCUGCAAGAGUAGGCCCCUGAUUUCUGCAAGUAAACUAUCAUUUCAGUAUCACUGGAGGAAAGCUGAUACCUGCCGUUUGAAGGCCUCAGAUUUAUACAAUCCAAUGUGCAUUAAACCCUCUAGGAAGCCACAUAAAUCAACAGGUUCAUCUCCCUGUACUAACCACAAGGGGAAGUUGAGAUGUAUAUUCUUGGCACUGCUUUUUCUGCAGCAUUCUUCCAAUUCAAAGAAGGGAUUCUCCACGGCUACCUAUGUGAAGUGAGCAGGUCCCUUCACAAGUGAGAAAGCAUUAGACCAGAAGUUCGGUAAGCUGCUGCCCCAACCCCAUGGCUUUGUUCCUUCCUUGAUGUGAUCUUGGUGAGUCAUUGUCUUUUUCCCUGUCUGGAAAGUGCGUUCUCUGAAAGCAGUGAUCUUCAACAGCUUGAAAUCCUGUAUUCCAAACGUGCUUUCACCACCCAGUGAGGACAGCUUCUUGCUUUUGGAAGGUGUGGUCCACAAGGUUUGGGGAGCAUCUUACCUACUUACUUCCUUUCUUCAGUUUGUCUUUCUGGGUUUUAUGCUUUCUCAUCUCAUGUUUCUCAGAGGUUCCUCAAGGCCUUGGUUUCCCAUCUGAGGUUAAGGAUUGGAUUGUCUCUGAGGCUUGGGCAGUACCAGCUUUGUCCAGGGCUACCCUUAUCUCUGGACCGUGUGUGGGCUAGGUGCUGGCUGUAAGCACAAGGCCGGGGGACUGCUUCUGUGCCUGUCCUGCGAAGCUCCCAGUGACAGGGAAGACUCAGGACUUCCUCAGGACUGUGAACAGUCUUCCUACCCCUGCUAGGCACACGUGCACUGGCGCCCAUCCACCUUGUCUGCAUUUCACUCAGCCAUCUUGUCAAGGUGUGGUGAGAUUUGUCUUUCAGGGACAGGAAUGUGUUGCUCAUCUUCUGUUCUCUGCAGUUCUGCUAAUCUCUGGGCAUUGCCAUGUGGUUUGCCUCCACAUCCCAACUGUAGGACACUGUUCAAGACCUCUCCUGCUGCUGCUUCUGGGUCACUGGCCAAAAACUAGUCCCUCGAGGCUACAACCUAUCAUUUAGAACCUCCCUGCCAUUCUCCUGCCCCAGCUGGCAGCCCUGAGAGUUCAAAGGAAAUCAACCCUGUGGUGGUCGACAGAGGGUAUAGGAGACAGGUCUGUGGCUCUUCUCUGCUCAUGGAAAGAGAAGGGCACCAAACCAUGCCACAAAAGAUUUUGCCAAUAAUUUUCAUCUUUGGGUAUAGAGCCCUGGAUUCUGGUGCUGUAACUCCUGGUGCCAAAGUCUGGAUCUUUCCACGUUUUAGUAGCACCAACAGCUGGUGCUACUCAAAAUGUGGCUGCCAUUUUGAAAUCUGAGUGCAAUAGCAUUUGAUUGUAACAAUUAUUUCAAGAUGUUUUUUCUUUAAUCUGCACACUUUGUAGAACCCGCCGUAAGAUAGAUUUAAUUUUAAAUGUCCUCAGCAUUACAGAAAAUAACAUUUAUACUAGUAGCAAGUAAAGGCCAGAGGGCUCAGUUCCUCUGGGCUUCAAAUGGCUGGCUAAGCUAGCUCAAUUCCAAAGUUGGAGGACACAUUUCUGGGAAACCACCAAGGUGUGACCAUUUGAACCCAGGCCUUGUCAUUAGGAAUGCUAGAGAAAGCCUGCAAAUAGAGGGGAGACCUAGUAGUUGAAAAGUUGUCUAAUCAAGCCAAAUAUUUCCAGUGUCCCAGCCAACAAACCCACUUUCAUGACAAGUGCUUCUCUUCUGCAGCCUGGCUCUAUUUAAAUUAACCACCAGGUGUGCUGGCAGGAGGGCUCAGAAUGAAGUGAGAGCUGCUGGCUCCGAGGAAGCAGAGCUGGCUAAAUCCGGGAGCUGGUCUCUCCCCUCACUGUCAGCACUGGUACUGAGAAGCGUGGUGGAUGAAGCAGCUGUGGCAGGUGGGGAUGAGUAGCAGUCAAACGAUGCAGUGCGUGGAGCCAAGGCUUGCACAUCCAUCAUCUUCCUAGGUGGUGGGGGUGGUGUUUCUAGCAUGUUCUUAAGCUUGUCCUGGGGCAGUUUUAGUGGUUCAGGUUAAGUGGGUCACUGCCAAGUGCUACCAUUUCUCUGACAAGCCUGCUUUGGAAGAGCUGCUUUUGGGGGACUAUCUUGGAAUACCCCAGGCGGGGAACAGGGCUCUCCUUGUUGCCUCAGCCACGAUCACAGGAAAGGGUCCUGUUUUCCUGCUGCUUCACAGCUCAGAACAUGUACUGAAUGGAAUGUAUUUUUAAGAGAAUAAAAGUCUAUUUUUUGUAUUUUAAAGAUGGGGGCUAGGAAGACAGAAAGCCCUUAGAUUUAUGCAUGAUAGGCUCCCUUGGGGGCACCUGCUCUGUGGGUCCACACUUAUGCAGCAGGCCCUGUGGCCCCCGUUCCUUGGAGUCGAGGUGCGGCAGCUUCUACGUUCCUGCUCCAAGCACGGGACCGCAGAGGCCUCUGGGAAUCAGGGCACAGCCAUGAGUAGUGGCUCGGGCAGGGCUCCUUGGGUGCAUGUGUAUAGUUGAAGCUGCCUGUCUGCAUGUAUCCUUUGGCUCUAAUGCUCUCUGUUGGCUCUGCAGCACAGUAUGUAACCAAUAAAGCUCCCUCAUUUCCAUA